AUGCUCAGAACACCCCGCUCUCCGCUCGUACGCGUCUUGGCGCGUGCGCGCCGCUACCACGACGACGCCAGCUUUGGCUACCGUGUGCCCACCAAGUACACUCUUCCCGAGUACACGGAGAAGGAGCUCGCCAACCGCAACACCAACGCUGCUCUGCUGCGCUAUGUGGAGAUGGUCCGUCGCCACGGCCACCGCGCUGCACAGGUGGACCCGCUCGACUUGAUGGAACGCGACCCUGUGUCUGCCCUUGACCCAUACCGCUAUGGCCUCGACGACAAGACAGAGUACCCACUCAGCGGUAUCCUUCACCUCGAGCAGUCGCCUGCGUCGCGUGCCGAGGCUGGCGAGGGUACUGAUGUGACGCUCCCGCUGAGCGACAUUCGCUCGCACCUCAUGGGCGUGUACGUCGACCGCAUCGGCUACGAGUUCCAGCACUCUCCCGUCAAGGACGAGCGCCUGUGGUUCUCCCAUCUCCUCGAGACACACCAGGCGUCGCCCGUCCUGGAAGGACCUGUCACGCCCGAACGUCGCCGUCGUCUCUGGGACCUGCUCUCGCGUUCCGAAGAGUUUGACCGUUUCAUGGGGAAGAAGUUCCCCAACCUCAAGCGCUAUGGAGCAGAGAGCAUGCUUCCGGCUCUGGACACUUUGUUUGAGCUUGGCGCGAAUGCCGGUCUCGCCUCCAUUGUCGUUGCCCUCCCGCACCGUGGUCGGCUGAACUUGCUCACUGAACCCACCCUCUUCGGCUACGACCCCAAGGCCCUCUUCUCCAAGGUCCGUGGCGCGCCCGAGUUUGACCCCUCGACGGCUCCGGGUGCGUCUGGCGAUGUUAUCAGCCACCUUUCUGCCAUCCGCAACGUCGAGUAUGAGGGAAAGCCCAUCAAGGUGGAGAUGCUCCAGAACCCGAGCCACCUCGAGGCCGUCAACCCCGUCGCCCUGGGUGUCACGCGUGCCAAGCAGAUGAGCCUGCUCAAGUCGUCGCCGGCCGAGUGUCAGCUCGGCGACCGCGUCCUGUGUGUCCAGCUGCACGGCGACGCGGCCUUCUCCGGCCAGGGUGUUGUAGCUGAAAGCCUCGGACUGAGCGGUCUGCCCCACUACAGCAGUGGCGGCACGGUCCACAUUGUUGUCAACGUCUACGCGUCAGACAUUGGCAAGAUGAUCGGCAGCCCGAUCCUCCAUGUCAACGGCGACCACCCGGAAGCCGUCAUGCGUGCCGUCGAUGUUGCGUUCCAGUACCGCCAGAAGUUCCGCAAGGACAUUAUCAUCGACCUCAUCUGCUACCGCCGCUGGGGCCACAACGAGCUGGACGAGCCUGGUUACACACAGCCCCGUAUGUACGAGAAGAUCCGCUCGCGCAAAGUCGGUGCCCGAGCUACCGAGGACGUCCUCAGCGCCGAGCAGGCCAAGGCCGCUCGCGAACGGUACCAAGCCGACCUGGGUGCGGCUCUGGAGGAUGUCGGCAGCUACACGGCCAAGUCUGAGAUGCUCGAGGGCAAGUGGAACGAGAUGGUGUGGCCGGCGUCCAAGGAGGCCGACCCGGACCCGGAGACUGGUCUCCCUGUCGACCGCCUUGCCAAUGUCGCCAAGACCAGUGUGACGCUUCCUGCAGACUUUAACAUCCACUCGCGCCUGAACCGUCACGUCAAGGCCCGUCUCAAGGGUCUCGAGGGCAAGGUCGACUUCCCUACGGCCGAAGCGAUGGCGUUUGGCACGCUGCUCGAGGACGGGAUCGACGUCCGGAUCUCUGGCCAGGACGUCGGCCGCGGAACCUUCUCUCAGCGCCAUGCCAUGUUUGUCGACCAGAAGGACGAGUCGUGUUAUGUGCCUCUCAACGACUCGCUCAAGGCCCCUGGCCGGCUUGAGCUCGCUAACAGCUCGCUGAGCGAGAUGGCAGUUCUCGGGUUCGAAAUCGGCAUGUCGUGGGCCAGCCCGCGCCUCCUGCCCAUCUGGGAGGCGCAGUUUGGCGACUUUAACAAUGGCGCGCAGAGCAUGAUUGACACGUUCCUCGUGGGAGCGCAGGCCAAAUGGUUGAAACAGAGUGGCCUGGUCAUGCUCCUUCCUCACGGGUACGACGGUGCGGGGCCCGAGCACUCGUCGUGCAAGAUUGAGCGCUUCCUGUCGCUGUCCGAUGACGGCGCUGCGUUCCCCGUGCACGACGUCAACUUGAUUGUCGCCAACCCGUCGACCCCGGCGCAGCUGUACCACCUGCUGCGCAGGCAGGUCAACCGCAACUUCCGCAAACCGCUCGUGGUGGCGUCUCCGAAGGGUCUGCUGAGGUCGCCGGCAGCUGCGUCCCCGCUCGCCGACAUGGGACCCGAGACGCGGUUCCAGCCCGUUCUCGCUGACGAUGUCACGGACGCGCAGAGGGUCGUCCUCUGCUCCGGCAAGCACUACUACACCCUCUCCGACGCGAUCAAGGAGCGGGGCGGCGGUGACGCAGCGGGCAUUUCGCUCGUGCGGGUCGAGGAGCUGUCCCCCUUCCCCUCUGCGGCGCUGGCCAAGGUGCUUGCGCAACAGAAGCCCGACGCCGUCGUCAGCUGGGCGCAGGAGGAGCCCGAGAACCAAGGUGCAUGGAACUUUGUGCGGCCCCGCCUGGACGCGCUGCUCGCUGCGCGCGGGGCACAGCCCGCGAGCUAUGCGGGCCGCAAGGCCGCCCCGACGACGGCGACGGGCGUGGGCGCGUGGCAUAAAGCGCAGACGGAGGAGAUUGUCACUGCUGCGCUGGGCCCGAAGUGA